ACAUUGUAAUUUCUAUCAAAUUUCAAGGGCAUUUCUUUUCUCUUCAUUACUAUAUAUCCAUUUAUGUGUUUGGUGAAAAAUUGUUUAGAUUUGGAGAAUCCAAAGUCCUCUUCUUUCUAGCAAGAAGAAGAGAUGGGGUCAGAUCAGAAAGUUCAUGUCUUUGAGGAGGUUGCAAAGCACAACAAGACCAAAGAUUGUUGGCUUAUCAUCAGUGGAAAGGUGUAUGAUGUGACUCCAUUCAUGGAAGAUCAUCCAGGUGGUGAUGAAGUUUUGCUUUCAGCAACAGGAAAAGAUGCAACGAAUGACUUUGAAGAUGUCGGCCACAGUGAUUCUGCUAGAGAGAUGAUGGAUAAAUACUACAUUGGAGAUAUUGAUCAGUCAACGGUUCCUCUAAAACGUGCUUACAUUCCUCCACAACAAGCCCCAUACAAUCCGGACAAGACUUCAGAUUUUGUUAUCAAAAUUUUGCAAAUCCUUGUGCCCCUCUUGAUUUUGGGCUUAGCCUUUGCUGUGCGACACUACACCAAGGAGAAGUAAAUCCGUCACAAUUUAAUUCGGAUUGUCAGAACGACUAUUGUUUGCUUUAUGUAGUUGUCAAUUGACACUUGGUUUAUACUUCAUUAAGGAGCUGUAGUAGCUGAACUUGAUUGUCAGUUUGUAUGUGCUUCACAGUUGCUAUUCGUAGUGACAUCUUGUAAACAAUAGACUUAACUGGGUUUUAUGUUUACGAUAUUUGACAGA